GAGACUUCCUCCGGGGCGGGGCUGCGUGCUGACGCCGCACGCCGGGGCGGGACCCAGAGUUUGGUGCCCCGGAGUGGGGUGUCGGCGCCUCAGUCGGGUGGAGCUGAGCCGGAGACAGGCGGCCGCGACACUUCAGGACGAGAAUGUUCCACCUAAGGACUUGUGCUGCUACGCUGCGGCCGCUGACGGCCUCCCAGACCGUCAGGACACUUUCCCAGGCCAGGCCGGCAGCCGCCAGGACGCUGGGGCAGACGCGCUGCUACACGGCGCCCGUGGCCGCCGAGCCCUUCCUGAGCGGCACGAGCUGCAGCUACGUGGAGGAGAUGUACUACGCCUGGCUGGAGGACCCCAAGAGCGUCCACAAGUCAUGGGACAUUUUUUUCCGAAACACCAAUGCCGGGGCACCGCCGGGCACCGCCUACCAGAGCCCGCUGCCCUUGAGCCCAGGCGCCCUGUCUGUCGCAGCACGUGCACAGCCCCUGGUGGGUGCCCAGCCCCACGUGGACAAGCUGGUGGAGGACCACUUGGCAGUGCAGUCGCUCAUCAGGGCCUACCAGAUACGAGGGCACCAUGUAGCACAGCUGGACCCCCUGGGAAUUUUGGAUGCCGAUCUGGACUCCUCCGUGCCCGCCGACAUUAUCUCCUCCACAGACAAACUUGGGUUCUACGGCCUGGACGAGUCUGACCUGGACAAGGUCUUCCACCUGCCGACCACCACGUUCAUCGGGGGCCAGGAGCCGGCGCUUCCGCUGCGCGAGAUCAUCCGGCGGCUGGAGAUGGCCUACUGUCAGCACAUCGGGGUCGAGUUCAUGUUCAUCAAUGACCUGGAGCAGUGCCAGUGGAUCCGGCAGAAGUUCGAGACACCCGGGGUCAUGCAGUUCACCAAUGAAGAGAAGCGGACGCUGCUCGCCCGGCUCGUGCGGUCCACCAGGUUCGAGGAGUUCCUGCAGCGGAAGUGGUCAUCCGAGAAGCGCUUUGGCCUGGAAGGCUGCGAGGUUCUGAUCCCGGCCCUCAAGACCAUCAUCGACAAGUCCAGCGAGAAUGGCGUGGACUACGUCAUCAUGGGGAUGCCACACAGGGGGCGGCUGAACGUGCUUGCGAACGUCAUCCGGAAGGAGCUGGAGCAGAUUUUCUGUCAGUUUGAUUCGAAGCUAGAGGCAGCUGACGAGGGCUCCGGGGACGUGAAGUACCACCUGGGCAUGUACCACCGGCGGAUCAACCGCGUGACGGACAGGAACAUCACCCUGUCGCUGGUGGCGAACCCUUCCCAUCUCGAGGCUGCCGACCCCGUGGUGAUGGGCAAGACCAAGGCUGAGCAGUUCUACUGCGGGGACACCGAGGGGAAGAAGGUCAUGUCCAUCCUUUUGCACGGGGACGCUGCAUUUGCCGGCCAGGGCAUCGUGUACGAGACCUUCCACCUGAGCGACCUGCCUUCUUAUUUUUCUCACGGAACGCAUCACACUGUAUGUCCCUUGCAGAUCGGCUUCACCACGGACCCACGCAUGGCCCGCUCCUCACCCUACCCCACCGACGUGGCCCGCGUCGUGAAUGCCCCAAUUUUCCACGUGAACUCUGACGACCCGGAGGCUGUCAUGUACGUGUGCAAAGUGGCUGCCGAGUGGAGGAGCACCUUCCACAAGGACGUGGUAGUCGACCUGGUGUGCUACCGGCGCAAUGGCCACAACGAGAUGGACGAGCCCAUGUUCACGCAGCCACUCAUGUACAAGCAGAUCCGCAAGCAGAAGCCGGUGCUGCAGAAGUACGCGGAGCUGCUGGUGUCUCAGGGCGUGGUCAACCAGCCUGAGUACGAGGAGGAGAUCUCCAAGUAUGACAAGAUCUGUGAGGAGGCCUUCGCCAGGUCCAAGGACGAGAAGAUCCUGCACAUCAAGCACUGGCUGGACUCUCCCUGGCCUGGCUUCUUCACCCUGGACGGGCAGCCCAGGAGUAUGUCCUGCCCCUCCACGGGCCUGGCGGAGGAUGUCCUCACGCACAUUGGGAACGUGGCCAGCUCUGUGCCCGUGGAGAACUUCACCAUCCAUGGAGGGCUGAGCCGGAUCCUGAAAACCCGCGGGGAGCUGGUGAAGAACAGGACUGUGGACUGGGCCCUGGCGGAGUACAUGGCCUUCGGCUCCCUGCUGAAGGAGGGCAUCCACAUCCGACUCAGCGGCCAGGACGUGGAGCGGGGCACCUUCAGCCACCGCCACCACGUGCUACAUGACCAGAACGUAGACAAGAAAACCUGUAUCCCCAUGAAUCACCUGUGGCCCAACCAGGCUCCCUACACCGUGUGCAACAGCUCGCUGUCGGAGUACGGCGUCCUGGGCUUCGAGCUGGGCUUCGCCAUGGCCAGUCCGAACGCCCUGGUGCUCUGGGAGGCUCAGUUUGGCGACUUCCACAACACAGCCCAGUGCAUCAUCGACCAGUUCAUCUGCCCUGGACAAGCCAAGUGGGUGCGACAGAACGGCAUCGUGCUGCUGCUGCCGCACGGCAUGGAGGGCAUGGGCCCAGAACACUCCUCCGCGCGGCCCGAGAGGUUCCUGCAGAUGUGCAACGACGACCCGGACGUCCUGCCGGACCUCACGGAAGCCAACUUUGACAUCAGCCAGCUGUACGACUGCAACUGGGUGGUCGUCAACUGCUCCACGCCCGGCAACUUCUUCCAUGUGCUGCGCCGGCAGAUCCUGCUGCCCUUCCGGAAGCCGUUGAUCAUCUUCACCCCCAAGUCCCUGCUGCGGCACCCCGAGGCCAGGACCAGCUUCGAUGAGAUGCUUCCAGGAACCCACUUCCAGCGGGUGAUCCCAGAAGAUGGCCCCGCAGCCCAGAAUCCAGGAAACGUCAAGAGACUUCUCUUCUGUACCGGCAAGGUGUACUACGACCUCACCCGAGAGCGCAAAGCCCGCGACAUGGUGGAGCAGGUGGCCAUCACGCGGAUAGAGCAGCUGUCCCCGUUCCCCUUCGACCUCCUGCUGCAGGAGGUGCAGAAGUACCCCGAGGCCGAGCUGGCCUGGUGCCAGGAGGAGCACAAGAACCAGGGCUACUACGACUACGUGAAGCCCCGGCUGCGGACCACCAUAAGCCGCGCCAAGCCCGUGUGGUAUGCUGGCCGGGACCCGGCGGCGGCUCCAGCCACUGGCAACAAGAAGACCCACCUCACAGAGCUGCAGCGCCUACUGGACACUGCCUUUGACCUGGACGCCUUCAAGAAGUUCUCGUAGCUGCCGGUGGCCUGGUCUCCGCGCCCACGCCUGCCCCCGCUUCUCACUAAAGACCUGUGCCUCGGCGCUGCCCGCUCCCGUGUCUGCCCCUGCACUGCACGCGCCGCUCGCUCACCUAGGAAACAGGCCGCUGUCCCCUCCCGUGCCUGGCCGUCCACACGGCCGGCACUCCCCAGGCUCUGACGUCUGUCCGGCAGUGGCCUUCGUGGGGGUGCGGGGCGAGAGGACC